GGAGAUAGAUGCUCAGUUGCUACUGAUACUUGCAAGAAUAUCUAAUAGCUCACCACCGAUUGAUUCAAAGUACUUCUUGAAUCUUCCCAUCCCAGAACCUCAACUCAAAAAGCAAUGGAAUCUGCUGGAAUGGAAAACAAUGGAACCCAACAGGAAUUGGGGAAUGAAAUUUAUUCUGAUGAUCAAGCGAAAUACUUCCCACCGGAAUUGGUUAGUCAUUGUGUGAAUGAUUCUAUGAACUUGUAUCAUUGCUAUUUAAUUCAGCUAAGGCGAAACUUUGAUUAUGAUGUCCCGCUUCAUGAUAUUGUGUUUGCUCUGAGGACUGAGCUUGAACUUGAUGAUGAAAAUAUGACUAUUGACUUGGAAGUUGAUCGGGGUAGUUUGACAGUGCACGUGAAAUAUGUUGGAGUUGUUGAACUUAAUUCUGAACAGGUUCUUUUAUGUCAGCAGUUUCAAGUUGCUAUUUUCAGAGUUCUUCUUGAUGGUAAUUUGAAGGAAUUGAAUGGGGUGUUAGAGGCAUCUUAUUUGAGGAAUGAGUUUCCACUUUGUGACUAUCUGCUGCUCCCAUUUACUGGCUCUCAUCACAAUCCACCAUUCAUUGAUUGGAAAUGUGUUAGUUCUGUGCAAUUUCCACACCAAGCUCUGGAUAAGAGUCACACAAAUUGUUCUCUUCCCAAGGGCUAUGCUCGUCUCGUAAAGACAAAGAAUGGUUCUGUAUGCAGCUGCAUGCUCGAGAAUUCUUUGGUAUGCACUCCUCAUAAUGAUCAUGUUUACUGUAUCACUGGUACUUUAAAUAAUUUGGAUGGGAACACAAUUCUGAGCCGAAAGAAUGGACAAGUUAUUACUUACAAGAAACACUUUAAAUCACGGCAUGGAAUUGACUUGUGUUUUGAAAGUGAAUCGCUGCUUAAUGGGAGACAUAUUUUUCCAGUGCAAAAUUGCCUUUGGAAGUGUAGACAGCAGAAGGAGAAAGAUCCAAGCAAUGCGUCCGUCGAAUUGCCUCCUGAACUUUGUUCGGUUCUCAUGUCUCCUAUAUCAAUCGCUACAUUUUAUUCUUUCUCAUUUGUUCCAUCUAUCAUGCACCGGAUCGAGUCCCUGCUUAUUGCUUUGAACUUGAAAAAGAUGCUUGUGGAUCACUGCAUGCAAAAUGUUGUUAUUCCAACCUUCAAGGUAUUGGAAGCAAUUACGACAAAGGAAUGUCAAGAGAAUUUUCAUUGUAAAUCACUGGCGACCAUUGGGGACUCUUUCCUCAAAUAUGCUGCUUGUCAACAGCUAUUCAAAACCUAUCAAAAUCAUCAUGAGAGCCUUCUUACUGCAAGAAAAGAAAAAAUAAUUUCUAAUCCUGCGCUUUGCAAGCUAGGAUGUGACUGCAAACUUCCGGGCUUUAUUCGUAAUGAACUUUUUGAUCCUAAAAUGUGGAUCAUUCCUGGUGAUCGAUCCAGAUAUUAUGCAUUGGACGAAGAAUUGGUUUCUACCAAGAGAAAAGUCUAUAAUAGGGGAAUAAGGAAGGUGAAGAGUAAGAGGGUUGCCGAUGUUGUGGAGGCAUUAAUUGGUGCAUACCUCAUUACAGGAGGUGAACUAGCAGCUCUAUCAUUAAUGGAUUGGCUUGGUAUAAAGGUGGAUUUUGUCAAUGUACCUUAUCAGAGGGACUUCCCUGUGCAACCAGAGAAGCUUGUUAAUAUCAGAGAUUUAGAAUCCUUAUUGAACUAUUCAUUUCGAGACCCGUCUCUGCUGGUAGAAGCGUUAACCCAUGGUUCUUGCAUUCGACCUGAGAUUCCUAGAUGCUAUAAGCGGUUAGAAUUUCUUGGGGACUCUGUGUUAGAUUAUCUCAUAACAAUGCAUCUGUGCCAUGAAUAUCCCGAACUAUCUCCCGGACUGAUAACUGACCUAAGGUCAGCUUCUGUGAACAAUGAAUGUUAUGCCCUAUCUUCAGUUAAGGCUGGAUUGCACAUACACAUUCUCCAUGACUCGCAAGAUGUUCAUAAGCGUAUAAUCAGCACUGUGAACAAUUUUGAGCAGUUGUCCUUGGAAUCAACUUCUGGAUGGCAACAGGAGACAACUUUCCCCAAGGUACUUGGAGAUAUAAUAGAAUCUGUAGCAGGGGCAAUUCUUAUCGAUUCUGGAUACAAUAAGGAGAUUGUCUUUCAGAGCAUAAGACCUCUUCUGGAGCCCCUAAUUACCCCUGAGACUGUGCCGCUCAAUCCUGUGAAGGAACUAAAUGAUCUUUGUUUAAAUAAGAAAAUGACUUUUCUCUCUAGGGAAAAUGGUACAACUUGUGUCACAAUUGAGGUUGAAGCAAAUGGAAUCACACACAACCAUUCAAGCACCGCAGCGAACAAGAAGAUGGCAAAAAAACUGGCUUCCAAAGCGGUUUUGAAGUCAUUGAAGGAAAGCAUGUCUGGCACAUAAAUACCAUACACAUCCUUCCAGUACACAGACAAGAAGACAGCAAUAAAGUUGGCUUUGGAGGCCGUUUUGAAUCGAUGAAGGAAAAAGCAUGUAUUGCGCAUAAUUAUGUGAAGCCUUUUAAGGCACAAGUUGUGUGUUUUAAGUUAGCAUUUGUAUGAUCUUGAAUGUUUUAUAUUAGUGGCAGAUGGGAUGGUUGACAGAUCAUUGGACAACAUUUGCAAGAGAUUUGAGUAAAGGGAAUCCUUCAAUAGUGAUGUUGGUGGGUAA